UUUGUACAAACAAAGCCCAGAAAGCCGUUAUCAAGGUGGGAGUUCUGCUUUCGUCGAACACAGUGGCGCUUCCGUUCUCCGAAGUCGAGAAGUCGAGAAAAAUGGCGGUGGCGGACGGCGGAAGAGAGAUAGAAACAGAGCUGAGCAAGAAGAAGGAAAUGACGCCAUGGGAGCAGCACUCUGCCGUCAUCAGCAUCCCUCGCUUCGACUACAACGCCCCUUCGUCUCUUCUUCAUCACUCCCACUCCGGCUUCCUCAUCACCUGCCCCAUCAAGCGGGAGAAAAGCGCCACUAAAGAAGCAAUCUCCCUCUUUGCAAAGUAUAUUCAGUGCUGUAAUAGUAGCGGUAGUGAAGAAAAUUCGGCUUCUAAACGAAGGAAGCUUUCGGAGGAAAAUGUGGAUGGUCAGGAUAGAGCGAAUGAUAAUGAUGUGGCAGGUGGUGAUGUUGAAGAAGGUGCUUGCUCUCAUGUGAUGGUGGAUACAGAUGGAGAGACAGGUCCUCUUCUUAAGCUAGUUAAGCUGACAAAGAGUGGUUUGCUUCUCUUUAUUUUCGGCAAAAAUGUUUCUCCUGAUGUCGUUGGGAUUGUUUCAAAGAUUGUAAAGUCUGUGGAAUCCGGGAGCUCUGGUUCACUUCUUUGGUGUAAUCGUAUUUUCCCUAUCCAAGCUACUUGUAGUUUGAAUGAAAAGGAACUGCGUGAAGUUGUAUCAAAUCUUGUUCUUCAAUUUAUGAAAGAUAAUCAAAAACUUGUGCGGCCCAUAAAGUUUGCAAUUGGCUAUAACAGAAGAGGAUUAGAGACAGAAUUGAACAUUCCAACAGAAGCCCCAAAUGCACUUGAGUUGUUGGACCGUAACAAAUGCUUUGCUUUAGUGGCUUCUGCAGUUAAAGAUGUUGUAUCAGAUUCAGUGGUGGAUCUCAAAGCUCCAGAGCUCUCUGUUCUUAUUGAGCUACUGCCCCUCUCUGGUAUACCAAAAGGGUCUUUAGUGGUUGCUGUAUCAGUUCUUCCUCAAAACGUUGUUAGUGCAAAGCCAAAACUAUCCAUCAAGGCACUGAUUUCUGAUACCAGGACAAAGGGUGAAAAGGCUUGAGCAACGAUUAAAUUUUUUUACCCCAAUGUAUCGAGAAUUGGUGCUGUACUUGUGUUAGAUAUGUCAUAAAUUUUUUAUUCAGCUGGUUUUUACAGUUUGUCACUUUGUUGUACCCCAACCGCUUUAUAAUUGUGGUUGAUUUUCUUUGGCUGGUC